AUGUUCUCACAGUUUGGUGACACGACUCGGAUUUCUCCAGCAAGUUGGGUGUUGGACCGCGUAACCCUCUGUCGGGUUAAAAUCACCCUCGCUAUCUCGACUAUGGCCGGACCCGACGUGCAGAGCACAAAUUCCCCUGCAGAGAGGGUAAAGGACCUCGAAUAUAUUGUCAAUUCUCAGAGCGACAAUGACGAGGUGGAUGACUCACAGGACCUACCUGAAGAGACAAAGGACGAGUUCGACGCCGUUGCACGUCCUGACAUCCCUGCCGAAACGCCAGUUCCAGUUCCUACCACGACGAAUGCGACAGAUGAAGGGAAAGAUCCAAGUGAGAAAGAGACUGUUGCUACGGAGAAGAAACCAUCCGUAUCAAUAAAAACUGUUUCGGGCAGAACUAACGGUGGACCAACGACGCCCACGGUCAAGAAGGUUCUCAACUCCGGAACGUUUGGCAUUGGUGCCAGCAAGCCGGCGACAAUCUCCAAACCGUCUUCGGCUACUACCAAACCUUCUCAGACUUCCAAAGCACCACCUACAGCUACCUCCACUUUGAAGAAAUCCUUCAGCGCUUCCUCAACUGCACCGAAAGCGACUACGACUACGAAGCCAGCUACCGCUACUUCAAACGCUAGCACUGCUGCCAGCCGUCGGACAUCCCUUGCUCCAACAUCUAAGCCUGCAACCAGUGCUCCGCGAUCGACGCUAUCUUCCUCUGUCAGUGCAAAGCCCACGACAGGAGUAACACCUGCGUCGGCAACCCGUUCUUCCGCUGUAUCCCCCAGCAAUGAAAGCGACGUUAAAGCCUCUUCCACUUCCCGACCGCGCGCCUCAAUCUCUGAGGCAGCAAGGAAGACACCACAGUCGGCUUCCCGCCCGAGUAUAUCGUCUUCUUCUGCUUCCAAACCCUCGGUCUCAGCCUCGAAAGCUCUACCCAGAUCUACUUCUACAUCCUCGAAGCCUACGAGAGCAACACCAUCAAUCUCUUCCAUCAAGGAAGUUACUGGUGACAAUAAAAUUGUUGAGGACCUACAGGCGAAGCUCAAGGAAACAAUGGAAGUACUCCAGUCGAAGUCACAGGCUGUUUCUGAAGCCGAAAGUCAGUUAAAGGAAGUAAAGGCCUCGUUAGAACAGGUUUUAGCAGACGUCGAGUCGAAGUCAGCGCGUAUCAGAGAGUUGGAGGAGGCGGAAGCAUCCCUAGAAAGUCAACUGAAAGAUACUCAAGACUCGCUGUCAAAAUCACAACCCAGCGUUGACGGAAGCGAGUCGAGUUUGAACGCGUUGCAACAAGCGCUCGAGGAAUCUAAGAACACCAUCAGUUCCCAGCAAGAAAUGAUCGAGAACCUUCAAAGUCAGAUGAAGGCACUAGAGGAACAAGUCGAGGCUGCGAAGGGCAACCUAGAGGAGAUAAGGAUUUUGCACUCUUCAUCAGCCUCCGAGGUGGCGACAGCCGCAGCUGUUGAACACGAAGCUUUGUUAAAGGCGCAAACCGACUUUGCCGCUAUACAGGAGCAAAUCACCUCCUUGAAAUCUGUGCACGAGAAAGCCCUCCAGGAAGAGAUCGAUAAAGCGAAAGCACUUGAAGAUAAGGCUAACCGUGCCGACUCGCUCGAGACUCAGGUGGCGGAGCUGCGUGCCGAGAAGGAGGAGAAUGCGAAUAGAGUGUCCGAGCUGGAGGUCGAGAUUCUGGAACUGAAGGAAGGACAGGAAACUGCAGAUGAUGAAAGAGGAAAGACUGCUCAGCAACUCAAGUCGCUCGAAGAACAGCUGGCAGCCGCUAAUGCUGCCAUUCAACAAGCUGUAGAUGACGCGAAGGUCAAAGAGACAGACUACGCUGCGCAAGCUGAAGCCCUGAAGGCUAGUCAUGCUGAACAAUUACGGGCUGAAAGUGGUGUUCAGGGUCAAUUGUCGGCGGAGCUUGAGGCUACGAAGUCAGCGUUGGCGAAAGCCGCAGAAGAGCACGAGCAGACUAAGGCAAACGCCGUCGCUGCCUCUGAGGAACAUAAACGCACCAUGGAAGAUGCAACACAGUCAUCUCUCAGCAAGCAGAGCGAACUUUCGGAUGAAAUACAACGGAUUACCGAAGAGCUAGAGGGGCAAGAAGCCAAAUACAACGCGAAAGUAGAUGCUGUCAAAGCUGAACACCAACAAUGGCUUCAAGAAGCUUUCGAACGCGCAAAGACUGAAGCUGGGGAAGCCCACAAACAAGAUCUUGCUGCUGUUCGCUCGAAAUUCGACGCAACAGCUGAACAGCUUAAGGCAAAUCAUGACACUACCUUGGAGGGACUCCGAAAUGAACAUUCUGAGCUUCUUGAGACACAAGCAAAAGGCUUUGAGAAAAAGAUCAAUAUGCUGACAUUGGACCUGAAAGCCACCCAGGAUGACCUUGUUAAAGCUAAAGCUGCCCUGGAUUCCUUGCGAGCCGAACUCGAAGCGAUGACAGCUCAACGGGAUGAAGCUCGUAGUGCUCUCGAAGCUGGAAAUUCUGCCUCGUCGCAAAGCGAGUCCGAACAGGUCACGAAGUUGACCCAGGAGCUUUCGCAUACGAAGGAUGAUCUGGAUGCGGUUACAGAAAUGCUUACCCUCACCAAGGCCUCCUUGACUGACAUCUCCAAUGCCCAUCAGCGUGAGCUAGAGGAUAAUGCGCAGGCACGCGCUGAGGAAGUCACCAAACUUCGUGCAGCUCACGACGAAGAGAUUUCAUCCUUGGCCAGUCAAAAGCUAGAAUUGUCUAUGACUGUCGCCGAUUUGGAGGGAGAGGUAGCAACUUUGAAAGCUAAACUCGAAGCAGAGCCUGCUGCUCCGAAGAGCAACGGUACUGUUGCACCUCACUCACCAGGUGUCACGAAGGAGGAGCUGCAACAGAUGCAUGAGGCUCAUAACUUGAAGAUGCAUGACCUACAGGCGGAGCACGAGAAGGCGAUGAAGCUCGUGCAAGAGGAGCUCAGUGCUGCUUUAGACAAAGCUCAGGAGACGGAAAAGCAGGUCGCCACCAAGGCACUCGAGAUCCAGUAUCUAGAGCAGGAGCAGGAGGAAAGCCAAGAACAGAUUACACGAUUGAAGGAAGACAUCGAAAUGUUGACGACGGCAAAGGAAGCAGUUCCCGCAUGA